CCCACUCCAAAUCAGAUAAGGCAAAACAAAAGGAAAAGAACCACCAAUGAACCAUGCAUUCUUUUCUCCCACAAAUAUCCAAUUCACUUAGCUUAGCUUCACCUCAUAUUCUUCACUGAACAUUUUGGUUUAAAAAAUAAGAAAAAUUAAAUAUGGCAACUUUCCAAUUGGGUUCUACAGCUUUAUCUUCCUCAAUUUCUUUAAACUUCAAUCCCAUUAUCAAAUCCCAUAUAACACACAAAUUACCUAAGACCCUCAGCUUCUGUAGGAGAAGAAAAAUCAGAGCUGUUAGUACCAUCCCAGAUACUGAAUCCGAAGCCACAGAGCCCGAAGGACCUCCCACAGUUGAUUUUGCUUUUGUUAAUUCUGUGUUACUUCCUGAUGGAACCCCAGAUGUGCAUCUCCGAACAGCAAGUGGUGGACAAAAACUAAGGAAUAUAAUGCUGGACGCAAACAUUGAUUUAUAUGGACCAUAUGGUAGGCCUCUUUUAAAUUGUGCAGGAGGUGGAACUUGUGCUACCUGCAUGGUGGAGGUUGUUGAAGGAAAAGAGCUAUUAAACCCUCGAACUGACAAAGAGAAGGAGAAACUAAAAGGGAAACCAAAAAACUGGAGACUUGCAUGCCAAACUACAGUUGGUGAAGCCGACUCCAUAGGACUGGUGGUUGUCCAACAAUUGCCUGAGUGGAAAAUUCACGAAUGGAAUUAUGAAAAAGUAGAACCUUCGGAGCUUAGUUAAUUCAGACAUUUUUGUCACUAAUAAUUGUAAAUUAUUGAAACAAAAUUAUGUAUAUUGAGUGAUAUUGUUGACGCAGGAAAUAUUCGUUACAUAUAAUAUACCAAUUAUUGAGAAAUCGGCAGCUAAAAA